UAUCAACUGGAGGUGAUUUACUUCCCUCAUGCUAAUUUCCAAAAUAUUUUCUAAUCAUCAUCAUGAUUUAUUACUUGAUCCAGAGGUCAUUUAGAAGUGUUUUUAUUGGGUUUCCAAUUAUUCGGCAUUGGGUUGGGUGGAUUUUCUAGUUAUCUUUCUGUUACUAAUUCUAGGUUAAUUCUUUUAUGGUCAGAGAACAUAUUUAACAUUUUCAAUCACUUGAAAUUGUUGACACUGGCUUUACAGCCCAAUAUCUAUUUUGGAAAAUAUUUCAUGUACAUUUGAAGAUAACGUGUAUUCUGCAAUUAUUGGGUAUAGUGUUUUGUAUAUGUCAUUUACAUCAAGUUGGGUAGCAGUGUUGCUCAAAUCUUUUAUAUUUUUACUGAAUUUUUACCUGUUCUUCAAUUACUGAGAGACUUGGGUUAAGAUUUGCAUCUAUGGUGGUGAAUUUGUCUAUUCCUUCUGGUAGUUCUGUUAUUAGAUGAAUACAAUUUAAGAUUAUUGUAUCUUCCUGUUGAAUCACGUAAUCUAAUAAAAUGCUUCUCUCGUCUCUAUUGAUAUUUCUUGCAUUGGAGUCCAUUUUGUCUGAAGUUAAUACAGAUAUACUGCUUUCUUGUGGUUAGGGCUUGUGUGAUAUAACUUUUUGUAUUCUUUCAUUUUCAAUGUAUUUCUUUUCUUAAAUGUGGAGUGCACUUUCAUUUUUCAACAUAGAAACAUUUGGUUUUUUGCAUCCAAUCUGACAAUCUCUAUCUUUCAUUUGAAGUGUUUAGCCCAUGUACAAUUAAUAUACUUUCUGAUACAAUUAAGUUUAAUUCUCUCUUGUUAUUUGUUCCUUAUUUGUUCCUUGUGACUUUUUUCUUUUUUUGUCUUUUUUUUGAGAUGCAGUCUUACUCUGUCACUCAGGCUUGAGUGCAGUGUCAUGAUCAUAGCUCACUGUAGCCUUGACCUGGGCUCAGGCGAUCGUCCUCCCUCAGUCUCCCAAGUAGCUGGGACUAAAGGCAUGUGCCAUCAUGCUCAGCUAAUGUUCGUAUUUUUUGUAGAAAUGAGGUUUUGCCAUGUUGCCCAGGCUGGUUUGAACUCCUGGGCUCAAGCAAUCUAGCUGCCUCAGCCUCCCAAAAUGCUAGAAUUACAGGCGUGAGCCACCACACCUGGCAUCUUUGUGAUUUUAUAUCUCUUUUUUUUUUGUCUUCUUUUGAAUCAGUCAAGUAGUUUUGAUUCAUUUUUCUCUAUUAGCUUCUUAGUUUUGCCUCUUAUUUUGAUAAUAGUGACCUUAAAGGUGUCAUUAUACAUCCCUGACCUACUACAGUCUACCUUGAGUUACUACUUUUAUCACUUCCCAAACAAUUGAAGAACCAGCGCUACAAUUCCAUGGUUUAACUCCAUCAACUCCUCUUAUCCUUUAUACUAGUGUAACAUCUGUUUGCUUCUAUAUAUAUUAUAAUGGCAGCAAAACACUAGUGUUACUUUCUUUUAAAGAGUCAAAAUGAUUUUAUAUACAUCCCGUAUUUAUUCUUUCUGGUGCUCUUUAUUUUUUCCUUUAGUUCUAUCUCAUUCAACAUUUAAAAAGUUUCCUGUAGUAUUUCUUGUAGUGAUUAUCAACUGAAGGUGAAUUUCUCAGCUUCUAUUUGUUCAAAAAGUCUAUUUUACCCACAUUUGUGAAGGAUACUUUUGCUGGGCAUAUAAUUCCAGGUUGAUUGUGGUUUUUUAAUCUUGGCACUUUAAAGAUGUGCUGCCUCUUGUUUGCUGGCAUCCAUAGCUUCUCUUCAAAAGUAAUUGUCAGUCUUCUUAUUGCUACUUUGAAGCUUAUGUAUUUUUCCCUAGGGCUGCUUUUAUGGUUUCUUCUUUGUCUUUGGUUUUCAGCGGUUGAAGAUGUGCUAGACAUUUCUUUAUAUUCAUUCUGAAAGCGACCUACAAGGUUGCACAUAACCAAGCUCCUAUUAUCCCUAUGGCUUUUGUCUCCCACUCUCCCCUUGCUGUGUUCCAACCACCCUGGCCUUCUUCCAUUCCUUGAACACACAUUGGUCAUGCUCCACCUCAGGACCUUUGCACUGGACAUUUCUUCUGCCUGAGAUAAUCUUCCCCCAAAUAGUUGCAUGACUCACAUUCCUCCUUGAAGUCUUUCCUCAAGAGUCACCUUCUUAAUGAGAUAUUCCAUGACUAUGCUAUAUAAACGACAGCCUGUUCCCCAUCGCCAGCACUGACUGACACGAUUUCCAUAGCACUUUUCAGCUUUUAACAUGCCAGGGACCCCGCGCGGAGCCUGGAGCAGGGGCCAGAGGGACCGGAAACGCCCAUCCAGGUGGUGCUCAGGGUACGUCCCAUGAGCGCGGCCGAGCUGCGUCGAGGACAGCAGAGCGUGCUGCACUGCUCAGGGACCCGGACUCUGCAGGUGAGUCCCCCAGGUGGGGGUCCCGAAGUGGCGUUCCGCUUCGGUGUGGUGCUAGACGGGGCUCGCACGCAGGAGGACGUGUUCCGGGCGUGCGGCGUGCGGCGCCUGGGCGAGCUGGCGUUGCGCGGCUUCUCCUGCACUGUCUUCACCUUUGGCCAGACGGGCUCCGGGAAGACCUACACCCUGACUGGACCCCCUCCCCAGGGGGAGGGGGUGCCAGUACCCCCCAGCCUGGCUGGCAUCAUGCAGAGGACCUUCGCCUGGCUGUUAGACCGUGUGCAGAACCUGGGUGCCCCUGUCACUCUUCGCGCCUCUUAUCUGGAGAUCUACAAUGAGCAGGUUCGGGACUUGCUAAGCCUGGGGUCUCCCCGGCCCCUCCCUGUUCGCUGGAACAAAACUCGGGGCUUCUACGUGGAGCAGCUGCGGGUGGUGGAAUUUGGGAGUCUGGAGGCCCUGAUGGAACUUUUGCAAAUGGGUCUCAGCCGUCGAAGGAGCUCAGCACACACCCUGAACCAGGCCUCCAGCCGAAGCCAUGCCCUGCUCACCCUGUACAUCAGCCGCCAAGCUGCCCAGCAGAUGCCUCCUGUGGAGCCUGGGGAGCCCCCUGUUGGUGGGAAGCUGUGCUUUGUGGACCUGGCAGGCAGCGAGAAGGUAGCAGCCACGGGAUCCCGUGGGGAGCUGAUGCUGGAGGCCAACAGCAUCAACCGAAGCCUGCUGGCCCUGGGUCACUGCAUCUCCCUGCUGCUGGACCCACAGAGGAAGCAGAGCCACAUCCCUUUCCGGGACAGCAAGCUCACCAAGUUGCUGGCGGACUCACUGGGAGGGCGUGGGGUCACCCUCAUGGUGGCCUGCGUGUCCCCCUCAGCCCAGUGCCUUCCUGAGACUCUCAGCACCCUGCGAUAUGCAAGCCGAGCUCAGCGGGUCACCACCCGUCCCCAGGCCCCCAAGUCUUCUGUGGCAAAGCAUCCCCAGCGUUUGGAGACGGAGAUGCAGCAGCUCCAGGAGGAGAACCGUCGCCUGCAGUUCCAGCUGGACCAAUUGGACUGCAAGGCCUCAGGGCUCAGUGGCACCCGGGUAGCCUGGGCCCAGCGGAACCUGUACAGGAUACUACGGGAGUUCAUGCUGGAGAAUGAGAGGCUCAGGAAAGAAAAGAGCCAGCUGCAGAGUAGCCGAGACCUGGCCCAGAAUGAGCAGCGCAUCCUGGCCCAGCAGGUCCAUGAACUAGAGAGGCGCCUCCUCUCUGCCUGCUACCAUCGCCAGCCAGGCCCUGGCCUGGCCCCAUCGUGUCCCUGCUUGAUGGCCCCAGCUCCCAUUUGCCACGCACUGCCACCCCUCUGCUCCUGCCCCUGCUGCCAUGUAUGCCCACUGUGUCAAGUACCCCUGGCCCACUGGGCCUGCCUGCCAAGUGAGCGCCACCUGUCCCAGGUGUUGGGCCCUGAGGCCUCAGGGGGCAGGCCCCCAUCUGCCCGGCCCCCACCCUGGGCACCCCCAUGCAGCCCUGGAUCUGCCAAGUGCCCAAGAGAGAGGAGUCACAGUGACUGGACUCAGAGCCGAGUCCUGGCGGAGAUGGUGACGGAGGAGGAGGUGGUACCUUCUGCCCCGCCCCUGCCUGUGAGGCCCCCGAGCACAUCACCAGGGCUGAGAGGUGGGGCCGGGGUUCCAAACCUGGCCCAGAGACUGGAGGCCCUCAGAGACCAGAUUGGCAGCUCCCUGAGACGUGGCCGCAGCCAGCCACCCUGCAGCGAGGGGGUACGGAGCCCAAGCCAAGUCCUCCCUCCCUGUUGAAGGCCAAGUGGGAACCCAGGAGACUGCUGUGUGACCUCAGACUGGGCUCCACGCUCUUGGGCUUCAAUCUGCUCAUCUGCUGAAUGGAGACAGCAGCUGCUGUUCUACCUGCAGCUGGGCUAGGGGCAGGGGCUGGGGGUGCUAUUUAGGGGAGCAGGGGGAUUCAGGAUGGAGUAUAUGAAUAAAGAGAGGCAUCGGCUCCAA